UUCUUCUUCUUCCUCCGUCUCUUCAGGGGCCGUUCAGUGAAAUUCAUUUUUCAUCUUUUUGUGUUGUAUAAAUUUCUCUCUCCUCCAUGUUCACAGAUUGGGGGAUGCUGUUUCUCUCUCUUCAUAUUCUCUUAUUCCCUUUUUCUAUUUCUCCCUUUUGAAGACCCUAUUUUUCUUUUGAGCUUGCCGCCAAUUUCACCAUCAGAUGUAUAGGUUUGUGUUUUUUCUCUGCUCUAUUUCAAUGGAUCCUCUUUAGACACUGUGAAGGACCCACCAAGAUGAUCUAUGUCGAGCAAGGUAUGCCUGGGAAGUGUUCGACAAAAUGCCCAAGAUUAUCUCUCACCAUCCAAGUUGUUGGAAUUAUGCUGAUGGAGUUCAUAUGUUGCUGAUGGUGUGAAGAAGAUGGUGACUUGGUUGUUUAGCAGCGUCAAAUUCUCUGGUUUACUAUGUAAAUACAAGAGAGAAUUGAACUUAAAUUACUUGCAAAAUCGUUAUCUGGUAAACAUAAAACUGAAAUGGGUGAAAGACAAAGACUUGGAUACUGUAGUAAGUACUGAGAAGGACCUCAAGGCUGUUUGCUUUCUUGUUUCCAUAAUCUCUUCAAGUCCCGACUGUUGCCUUCCGAUCUACCGUCUGCGUUGCCAUCGUCGGCAGCUGGGUCUUCCACAUGAUGUCAAGAUGUCUACCUUCAUUAGGAGAUACCCUUCUAUCUUUCACGAGACGCAUAUUCUCGACACUGGAGGCACUCGUGUGCCAUCGUUUGGCUUAACUCGAGAAGCUAUGGAGCUUAAUGAGGAGCAAAUCUAUGUCCUUCAGCAGUGUUGGAUGGAUCUUCGAUCUAGGCUUUGCAGAUUGCUAAUGCUCACGAGUGGUUCGACACUUCCUUUACAGACGAUUGACCAGUUGAGAUGGGACUUGGGACUACCGUAUGAUUAUUGGAACUCUUUCAUUCCAAAUCACCAGGACUUGUUUUCGUUCGUCCAGCUUCGAGAUGAUCGCGUCGGGUUGAAACUUCUGUCCUGGGAUAGUGACCUUGCUGUUUCUGAACUGCAGAAGAAUGCUGCUUCCCAACAGAUGGAAGAAGACAUAAGAAAUGGCUGUUUGGCCUUUCCAAUUGGAUUUACAAGGGGUUUCGGAUUGAGGAGAAGAUGUAUGGAUUGGUUAAAAGAAUGGCAGAAGCUCCCUUACACUUCUCCAUAUUUUGAUGCCUCCCAUUUGGAUCCCCGUACCGAUGUGUCUGAAAAGAGGCUUGUCGGAGUCUUUCAUGAGCUUCUUCACCUUACCUUGCAAAAGAAAACCGAACGCAAGAAUGUAAGCAACCUCCGCAAACCUUUCUCUAUGCCCCAGAAGUUCACCAAAGUGUUCGAGCGCCAUCCUGGUAUCUUUUACAUCUCUAAGAAGGGUGACACGCAGACUGUAAUUCUUCGUGAAGCAUACGACGGUGACAAACUUCUACAAAAGCACCCUCUUGUUUGCAUCAGGGAAAGAUUUGCAAGCAUGUUGAAGAAAGGCCAACUAGAUAGAAGCAGAGGUUUAUACAAAAAAGAAGAUCAAUUUGGACAUUUUCAUCAUCUUGAAGUCGAAGAGACUCAAUAUAGUUCUGAAGAAGCAUCUGACUAUAACUUGCUUUCAGAAUAUGACUCGGAAUCGGAUGGCCCAAUCGACAAUAGAUGUUGAAGAAGUUGCCAUGACUAUAGAAUAUUCAGCUUUCAGCAUUCUUUUUUUUUUCACUCACAGGUUGGUUGCCAGAGAUAUGGUACAAGCAUCCUUAAGUUUUGUGGUAACUUAUUUGCAACU